AUGGCGAUGAUGAUGACUGGCCGUGUGCUGCUGGUGUGUGCCCUCUGCGUGCUGUGGUGCGGUGCUGCAGUUUUGGUGUCGGCUGCCGGUGAUGUUGUCGAAAUGGAAAGUGAAGGAUCCGAGAGUUUACCGUCUGGACGUCAAGACGGUGAUGGAAGGAGUCAUCGGGAAUCAGAGGAUUCAGUCCAGCAAGAGUCCGAGACCGCAAAUGAAUCGUUGGGUGCAGGAAGAGGAAAGAGUUCUGAAAGGCAGGAUGGAGUUGUCUCCACACAACCAAGAAAUUCCGACAGAACGGUCGUGGAAACGGAAACAGAAAAAAGUAAAAGUAAAGAAGAAAAAGGGAAUAAAGAAAAAAUGGAGAACAUUGUAACUCCAAAGCAGGAUGGAAAGAUAACCGAAUUAACAUCAACGCCAGAAGAAGAUCGAAAAACGGCAUCGCCACCAGCUGAAGGAGCACAAACACAGGAAGAAACCCCACCGGGAGUAACGCCACCCGCACAAAAUGGAAGCUCAGCAGGAAUUUUAACUGCAACGCCAGGAAAAGCAAUGGUCAUCCCUGAAGGUAAUUCCAAACAAUCACAAGGAGGCAAAACUCCAGCAAAUGGAUUGGCAGCAGAAAUGCCAUCAACAAAAAAAGGGGAAGCUCCAGAGGCAAUACCAUCACCACCCACAAAAAAUGAAAAACCAGAAGGAGAUUCAAAAGCAAAAACAAAUGCUGAAAAACCCAGCCCUGAAGUUAUCGUUUCCGUGCAAAAAACAGAAAUUCUCCUGGACGACGAGGAGGUAACAAGCAAUCAACGAAAUGAAGGCCUUGCAUCAACCACCGGCAACCAAGAGGGUGAACAAUCGGACGUUCAUGCCGAAUCGACACUACCAUCAAUCUCGGCUGCCAGUAAUGCUGCCAACGAUGACGCUGACACGGAUACUGAUAAAGGGAUUCCGAAUAAUGAUUCAGCCGCUGGUGGUGCAGCGACAGAAGAAAGACACCAAUAUGAAAAUAAAGAAGACAAUACGAAGGAAACAAAACCACUCAGAUCUGCCGCCAACACAAGUGAAACGCUACCGCCUGGCGACAGUGACGGCAGCACCGCGGUCUCCCACACCACCUCCCCUCUUUUGCCUCUUCUUGUUGUUGUUGCGUGUGCGGCUGCUGCUGCGGUGGUGGCCGUGUGA